AUGCAAACGAAAAAGAAGAAGGAAAGCACCAAAGGAAGAGCCAUAUACCAUAAAAGCGCUUUGAAAAAAAAUGCAGUGCCAACAAAGAAGAACUCACAAAAAAAUGUAAGACACAUUGAUAAGUUAAAAAGUUUGAGUGAAAUAAAUAAUGAAGGAAAGAAAAGCAUCCUUAAGAAGGGCAUUGAAAAGGUUAAAGAAAUAGCAAAUUUUUUAAACAAAACAGCGAAUAAAAACUCCAUGAGGGGGAAAAAAAACAGCAACAGGGACAACAAUCGGGGCACCGUACUCAGGUUUAAUGAGCCAAACAGAAAUAAAAGCUUCACCGACAAGGAGAAGAAGGAGCAUAACUAUGGCCGUGGUCCAAGUAAGGAGGAUACCCACCCAAGGGGAAGAACUACUAACACAAAGGUAACACACAAUAGAAGCGGACGAACAAACGAAAGGAAAGUUUCCUCCAUAGGGAACUUCCUGCUACAGGACGACGUGAGGGAGGAAGAAAGCUUAUCCGCCUUGCUCGAAGGAUUAAGUAAAGGACGAAUAGGAAGUAGUGAAGAAGAAGAACAAAGUAGCGAGGAAGUGGAAAGCAGCGAAGUAGUAAGUAGCGAAGUAGAAAGUAGCGAAAUAGUAAGUAGCGAAAUAGUAAGUAGCGAAAUAGUAAGUAGCGAAGAAGAAGCAAUUAGCAGUGAAAACGCGCUCGACAGUAAGGGAAGCAUGCGAAACAGCAGAGGCACUCCGAGCAGUGGUGAAAGGAGCACCAAGGGCCACCCCGGGCAGGCGAAGACUGAAGAUCAGAAAGGCGCAAAAAGUGACAAUAGUGCGAAAAUUGGAAAAAUUGGAAAAAUUGGGAAAAACAUGACGAAGGAAGAAAAGGUGAAAGAAGCAAAUGUGGCACAUUCAAAAAAGCACGAUGGAAGUCCAAAAAAUAAAAAUAAAAAGGACCACAUCGUAAUUGACGACAGUAACAUUUACAUCGUGAUAGACGAUCUGAAUGAAAACCUAAACGACAAAAAUGCAAUAAUAAAUAAACUAAACAUUACAAAUGAUACGUAUAAUUUUUUAGUAAAUAGCAAGAAUGAAAUGAGAAGAGAAAAGCGAAGGAACGGUAGUUAUUCCUUCAUGGGAGAUUCUCACCCUGUUAGCGACUGGGGCGUGGAUGUGGAAUCGCUCGAGGGGAUAGACGUCGAUGCAGAGGAGGAGGAGGACUUCUCCGAUGAAGGGGAUGACGACGAUGUGGAAGAAGUGGACUAUAAUAACGGCAACGAUGAUGACUCCUACGACGACGAUGAUGACAAGAGCGUGUCGAUACGGGGCAUCGGGGAGGAUUCCACGAAUGAUGAAGUGGAAGAUUUAGAGUUUAACGAAAUUUACGAGUCCCUUAAAAUGGAAACGGAAUACCUGCACGCGUUAGAGGAAUCCAAGGAGGAGGAAGCGCUACCCGAGGGGGAGCAGGUAGGGGAUAAUAUCGAGGUGACCUCCAAGAAGGAGGACAAAACGGACCAGGUGGACCAAAUGAAAGACGAAAAACACGACAAAGGUGCGAUUAACUACCAGGUAGACGUACCCCAACUGAAGGAAAGCAAGCCGGCCGCCUCAGACAACCCCGAGGAAGACGCCCCUUUGGUGAACAAAGGCAACAUCGAAAUGAACGAUGAGGGGUGUAGGAAGUCUGACGAAGAGUCUAUAUCCAAUCCGUUUGAGGGUAAAAGGAAGAACUGUAUCAUGGAGUGGAAGGAGGUGCAGCCAAAAUGGGAAGAAGCGCUGCUGGAGGACAAGUCAGAUCAAGUAGGGGAACAUUGGAGCGAAGCGUCAGUAAUACCCAUAAUACCAGUAGUGCCUGUACUACCCGUGAUGCCCCUAGAGGAAGGUUUAGAGGAAUUGCGUAACUUGCAGGAAAUACACGACCUACGCGAACUGGAGGAGAUGUCAGAGCAGGAAGAAGCAGAGGCGGAAAGUAGAAAAAGGAGGAAAAAAAUGGACGACAAGGGAAAAAGAGAAAAGCUAAAAUUUAACAACCAAAAGGAAAGAAGGAGUAGCAAAAGCGACGAACUAGACAGACUAUAUAAACAGAUCAACAAAAAAGGUACGAACAUUCAGGGAGAGGUGUUAGAGGAAGUUUCAGACGAAGAGGACGAAUUGAACUCUGCACAGUACAGUAAGAUUGUAAAGCUAAUAUCCAUUUCGAAGAAUUUUUCUAAAUACAACAUGAGUAUAGACCUUACGGAGGACGACGAAGGGGUAGAACUCUCCAACGUAGGUUAUACCUUCAAAGAAAGGGGAAAAAACUUGGACAAUGCAGGUAAAAACAGAAGCAAGGAAAAGACAGUCCUACUUCCAUUGCGGAUAGAAGGUUUGGAAGUGAGUCCGAUUGACAAGAGGGAAAUAAAAAAAACGAGCUUGAAAGAUAUGAAAAGGAGAGACGAAUCAGAACAGAGGAAAGAAGAAAAAAAAACAAAACUGAAGAGGAAAUAUAGCAACGAGGGGGUAGGCAGUGAUUUAAAAACGGGUAAACAGGGUAGCCAUAAAAAUGCCAACCUGAAGGAACCCACCCAAGGGAAGGAGGAAGAUCUGAAAAGCGGCGUGCACCGAAAAGUAGGUGAACCCUCCAAGGGUGCCGGUACUCCAAGCAGUAAAAGGAAAAAUGUGCAGGAAGGUGAGGAAGAAAAUGUAACCAAAAAGAUAAAGAAGGACGAAGGAAUGGAUACUGCGGCAGAGGGGAACGAAGAGGUAGAAGAACGAGCGGGUGAAGGCGCACCAAUGAGCGAGCAGCAAAAUGUGAGCGAAGAACCCUCGAUUGUCGGAGAAAAGGGGGAGAAGGAAGAAGAGAAGGCACAAACAGGGGAAGCCAAGUCAGACCAUGCAGAGGAUGUAGGAAUGAAGGAAGAAGCCGAGUCUUUUGGAGACAUGGCAGAGGAAGACGCCGAAGUGAAUGCUGUACUGAAGAAACUUAUAGAACAGGGCACCGGGGCGGGGGAAGAGGAGGAGGUCACAGUGGAGGGAGCGGAACUGGAAGAAAAGGAAGUGUUCGAGGAGGUUAUGGAAAAAGGAGAGGAGAAUGAGGACGGGGUUGUCGAAAAGAAAGGAGACGUUAACAUUGACGGUAAGGGGAACGGAAUUGAAGAAGAAAAGACCGAGUCGGAUAAAUUCCAAGAAGUAGCUGAAGAGGUGUACGAAGAGCUGGAGGAAGCAACGAAGGAAGAGGAGUAUAAGGAGGUGGAAGAGGCGGAAGAUGUAGACGAGGUAGAAGCGGUAGACGAGCUAGACGAGGUGAAAGAACAGGAAAGUCAAAAGGACAUAUACACGGAAGGAGUAGUGAACAAAGAGGAUGUCCCUGCCACCGAGGGGAUGCACAGCGAUGAGGAAAGUGACCCACAAGAAAAGGAGGAUAAAAGUAAACUAAGCGAAAGUGCGAAUGAAAUUCUUGUCGAGGAGAGUAGCAAACAGUAUGAAGUACCUAACAACCAUAGCAAUGACAACAGAUCGACCAACUCCGACUACACAGAUUUGAAUGUGUCCUCGAGGAAAGUAUCUUAUAAAGAUGCAGAGGGUUACGAACUGGACAAGGAGAGCUCGCUAAAAACGUUGGAAGCAUUUAGCGGCGGGGAACGCCUAGAAAUGGGGACGGAGGAAUGUGAUGAGAACCCAAGCAUGUUGGGAAAACCUUAA